AUGGUUACCUUUACAACUGAUUACUGGGCUCCGGCUCUAGAUAGUAAAGCUCGUCGUCGUGUUACCGAUGAAGCAAGGGAGGUUCUCCACGUUACAAAAGAGCGUACUACCACUAAGGCUCCUAAAAAAACCCAUAGUUUACCUGUUGUUAGUCCUACUAGUUCCCCUACUUCUCUUCAAGCCAUUUUUUCAAAACCCUCAAACGAUGCUGAGGAAAUCGCAAGUGCUUCAUUUUCAACUAAUUCUGCUCCUUCCACUCCUUCCGUUGAUGAAGCCAAUAAAGCUUGUGAACCUUUAUAUGAGCUUUCUAAUAAAGCUACUUAUGGAAGUUCUACAAUCGGUACUUCUACUAAUGGUUCUACCGUAAAUGUCUCUUCUACUAAUGGUUCUACCGUAAAUGGCUCUGUUAAUGGCUCUGCUGAACCAAAAAAGAUUACCUUUGUUCGGAGUAUUCAGAAACUUUUAAUUCAUGAUUCAAAAUCUCCCAGUUCUUCUCCUGUUGGUUCUCCUGAAGAAGAAAAAGAAGAAUUUAAUUUUAAUGUUACUCCUGACGCUAGAACUAUGUUGAAAGAAAUUCUUCAUCCAAAAUUAGAAAUUGAAGAAAAACAAACUCAACGUAGUGAUUCGGGUAGUGAUAGUGGUAAAACCGUUGAUCCGGAAUCCAUGUUAAUAAAAAAAUACGGUGUGUGUGAUAAGGGUUGUAUUGGUAAAGGUGCUACUGCCGUCGUUCGUCUUGCUCAUAAAUUCGAUAAGUCAGAUUGCGAAAAAAUUUAUGCUGUCAAGGAGUUUAGAAAGAGAAGAAAGAAUGAAUCUGAAAAAGACUAUGUAAAAAAAUUGACUAGUGAAUUCUGUAUAAGUUCUACGUUACAACAUGAAAAUGUUGUCAGAACAGUAGAUUUAGUUCAAGAUGAAAAUCAUAACUGGUGUGAAGUUAUGGAAUAUUGUCCUGGUGGUGAUCUUUAUACUGCUAUAAAAGCUGGCCAUAUGACAAAUACAGAGAUAGAUUGUUGUUUUAAGCAACUUGUUAGAGGUGUUGGUUAUCUCCAUUCUAUGGGUGUUGCUCAUAGUGGUAAUCUGAAAAUCACUGACUUUGGUGUAUCAGAUGUUUUUAGAACAUGUUGGGAAGGUGUUGCUCACAUGUCUAAAGGACUCUGUGGUUCUGAGCCAUAUAUUGCUCCGGAACAAUUCGAAACAAAAGAGUACGAUGCUCGACUUGUUGAUGUUUGGGCAUGUGGUAUCGUAUAUUACUGCAUGAUAUAUCAAGGCAUCCCAUUCAGAAUGGCAACUCCAACGGAUCCAAAUUACACUAAUUACCUAGAAACGAAAAGUCUGGGUCUAUAUGAACCAUUUGAAAAACUUCCAUCGGGUUGUCGGGAAUUAAUGUAUCAAAUUUUAGAACCUGACGCUAAAAAACGUGUCACUAUCGAAUCAAUCAAGAAGGAUACGUGGUUCCAGAUGGUCGAAUGUUGUGUGGACAAUUGCAGCCUAACGAAAAAACAUAACCAUGUUCCGCCAGAUUAUUUGAAAGAAAUUCAACAAAGUCAACAAAAUAAUCCUGUUAAAAAGUAA